AUGAGCAGCGGCGGCGGGCGGCCGCCGAGCCCUGGCGCCCCCGGCCCUGGCCCGGCGCCGGGGGGCACCCGGCCCGCCGCGGCCCCCAGGCAGCCGCCGCUGAGGGAGCCCGCCCGGCCCGCCGCGGCCCCCAGGCAGCCGCCGCUGAGGGAGCCCGCCCGGCCCGCCGCGGCCCCCAGGCAGCCGCCGCUGAGGGAGCCCGCCCGGCCCGCCGCGGCCCCCAGGCAGCCGCCGCUGAGGGAGCCCGCCCGGCCCGCCGCGGCCCCCAGGCAGCCGCCGCUGAGGGAGCCCGCCCGGCCCGCCGCGGCCCCCAGGCAGCCGCCGCUGAGGGAGCCCGCCCGGCCCGCCGCGGCCCCCAGGCAGCCGCCGCUGAGGGAGCCCGCCCGGCCCGCCGCGGCCCCCAGGCAGCCGCCGCUGAGGGAGCCCGCCCGGCCCGCUGUUGUGAGGCCCAAGCGGCAGCCGCCUCACAGGGGCACCGCACCAGAGGUGAUGCAAAAGUUAGAACCUUUUAUUUUGAAAGCAGCCUGUGCUCCACCAUUGGCAGCACUUCCUGCAAAGAAAGACAUUGAGGACUUCAUUGCAAGAUAUGAACAGGGAGCAAUGAACCCAGUAUCUGCCUUGCAUCAGUUUGCGCAAAUGCACCACGCACAACUGGAACUGAAAGAAACUGGCAUGGCAGGCAAUAUCAUAUGUCCUUAUUUUGCCUUUUGUGCGGUGAUAGAUGGUGUUUGCUACAAGACUGGACUUGGGAAAAACAAGAAGGAAUCUAAAUUCAAUGCAGCUAAACUGGCUCUUGAUGAGCUACUUAACUUGGAACAUCGAGGGGCAAAGGUUUUUGAAAAAUCAGAUCCUCCCCAUAUUCCUGCCGAGCCUUGGACUCCAGCAAACCCUGUUUGUGUAUCAAGGAUCUGCUUUGGAGGAGAACAGCUUAUACAUCAAAAACUUCCACAAACAGUUCAAGAAGUAUUUAACAGACUGACUGCCAAGCAUCCCGAGUACCGAAGUUGUGGCAGCUCACUGGCUGCCUUCAUCAUUGAAAAAGGUGGACGGCAUGAAGUUGUAGCUUUAGGAACAGGAGACUGUAAUUACAGUCAGUGCUUUCAACCUUGUGGAAGAGUGUUGCAUGACAGCCAUGCCAUUGUUACUGCAAGACGUUCUCUACUUAGAUAUUUUUAUAGGCAUCUUUUGCUGUUCUAUAAUGAAAAUCCAGCAAGGACAGAAAAAUCUGUAUUUCACGCACCACCAGGCUCGAAGCUGCUUACCCUAAAGCAAAAUACGGCUAUCUAUCUCUACAUAAAUCAGCUUCCAAAAGGAACGGCUCAGUUAAAAUCACCGGUGUAUCUCAAUCCAGGAUCUGUCUAUGCUUAUGAAGCUCGUGAAGAACUGAACCUCCAUGUGACUGUAGAAGGCAAGAUUUACCUAACUGUUUGUUGUCCACAUAGAACUGAUAGGACAAGCAGUAUGUCAGCUAGUGAUAAAUUAACAAAAUGGGAAGUGGUUGGUGUUCAGGGAGCAUUGCUGAGUCACUUCAUUGAACCAGUGUAUAUCAACAGUAUUCUUGUAGGAAAUGGAAAUUGCAAAGAUACAAGAGGGCUAGAAAUAGCUAUAAACCAGCGUGUUGAUGAUACACUUACAUCAAAGCUUCCCAUGCCUUAUAUGGUCAACAAAUGUCAUACUUACAUGGUAAAUGCUGCAUACCCGAUUCAAGUAGACUUCAAACAGAAGUCUCUUAGUUUGAAUUGGUCAUUGCCAGAUAGAUCACUGGAAGUUGUGGAUGGAUUAAAUGGAAAAACCAUUGAAAGUUCACCAUUCAAAACUGGUAUUUAUAUGGCAAGUCGCCUUUGCAAGGCAGCAAUGUUUAGUCGCUUCAGAUGGCUUGCUAAGGAAGCAGGACGGAAUGAUUUGCUUCAAGUUGCAAUGUACCAUGAAGCUAAGAUUCAAUCUGAAUUGUACCAAAAAGCUAAAAAUUUGCUGCAGAGCUACUUAGAGCAAAAUCGUUACGGAUCCUGGAUUGUGAAGUCUGCAGAUGUGGAACAGUUCAGUGGCUGACUGUGAGCUGGACUGUAUGUGAAUUCAGUUUGGAUGGUUUCUUUCAGUAAAAGAUAAAAUGAUGGGAAGUGCGGUUCUUCGGUGGAGCAGCUUAUCUGUGAGACUGGUGUCUGUCUGCUUGCUCUGUGUAUCAGCUGGAAAGCAAUGUCAGAUCCGAUACGAAAUGGCUGACUGCAG